CGACCGAGUCGUGUACCCCGUGCAGGUUGCUGCGUUUCUGUGCUCCAGCGUGAACUCACGACACAGUGAUACACACACACACACACACACGCACAUAGAGAUAUAUGUAUACACACACACACGUGCGAGAAGCACAAUUGUGUACAUUUAUACACAUUUGUACACGCCGGCUACUAAACGGUUGCGUGUCCACUACACACAUAAAUACGCACACACACACAUACCCAAAGGUGUGCUCCAUCCACACGCGCGAAUACGUUUCGCACGUACGCCGGACACGUGCACACACCUGUUCGCCGCGCGUUCCCGCCGCGGUACACGAGCGGAGAACGAUUGGCUCCACUCGCGGACACUUCGAAACGCACGUUGCGCCGAGUGUCACUUGUCCCGCGACACCGGCUGUGCCCGAAUAUCUUUUUCCCACAAGAAUCUCGAGAGAGAGAGAGAGAGAGAGAGAUUCGCCUUUACGAGAAGGACCUGAGUAUAACGUUUCGUUCGUGUGAGUGAAAAACGGUGCGCGGCGAGUUCUCACGGCGAUAAGCAAGAGUUUAGUCUGGGUGCGCGCUCGGGGUUUUCGGUGAAGAUUUAUUUCUUCCACAUUGCGGGUGCUUCCAUGUGGGAAUGGACGUGCGUCUCACGGAAUUGUCUGACGGAUUAAACUUGAAGUCGUCGUCGUCUUUCAUGUUCUACAAUCCGCCUGUGGAUUAGAGAGAAUCGAGAAAAUCGGCGUGAAAAUCGGCGUCAGUGAACCACACAAGCAAUCACACGCUCGAAAACAAAAGCAAGAGAUAUCGUAUCCGCGACAUUUGCUUCGUAAUUGCGAAAUCGAUUGUGUUUUACGAACAAAAAACUCAUCGAAUCGUUUGUACGUGAAAACACGUGCUGUGGACGGACUGCGGCGACUUGUGCGAGAAAAGCAGGUGGCGAGGCCGAGAGCGCGCGCGAUCAUCAUCAUCAUCAACACUUUCGUCGGGCUUUCGCGCGUGAUCGCUUUCUCUCGCCGAUGAAUUCGCAGCCGCCGACGGCGACUCGAUCUUCUUCGAUCCCGGUGAAACGAGGAACUCGCGAAACGUGCGCGCGAAGCGUAAUCGCUCGCGAUUAGUCUAGCAAAAGAAUUCGAACGCUGCAAACUAUAGCGUCGGCGAGUGUAAAUCGCAAAGAGAACGAAGAACAUACACACUGGAAUAAAGAGGAGAAGCAAAACCGUGUCACGGCGAUACGACAGCUUGCGGAGUGUGUUCGAGCGAAAGGUACCUGUCGCGUCGCAAGAGUCGGAGACGCCGCAUAUGCGAGCCUCCACCUGUGCCGCGUCGAGCGUCGCUUCUCCUCGAGAAACGCGGGCCCGCGCGCUCGAGGCUCUGCUCCGAAGAUUCAAGGAUUCUUUGUGAAAAACAAACGGUGGAGGAACGUGAAUUCUUUUUGCUCCGAAGUGUCUUCACGAGUGUUCAGUGUAGAGAGCGGAGAGAGAAAUAAAGAGAGAAAGAGAAAGAGGAAAAGAGAUAUUUUCGCGCAGUGGAUAUUUUCGGUGUUGGUGCUGCGGUGUGCAGUGUGCCGAUAAUAGCAAUCGAUAAUAUUCGGUGAGAGUGGUGAGAGAGAUAGAAAGAGAGAAAAAGAGAGCACAAAGGAUACGCAUAUAUAUAUAUAAGUGAAGAAACGGCGAAGAAUCGCUCGCGAGGGGAGCGGCCGGGAAGCAGCCGGGGAUUAUCGGUGAUAUGCGGUAGUCGAGGGGAUUCCCCAGGGAGAGACAUGAGGGCGGUCGCCACCUACGUCCUGUUCCUCGCCCACUUUGUACAGGCGAUAACCGCGGGUGGAUACUUCGAGGUGCAGAUCCUCUCGCUGACGAACAACAGGGGCACUCUGGUGGACGGUAGGUGUUGCGGCGGGGGAGGCGGGGAUCGAAAAGAAGAAUUUCCACCCUGCGCGACGCCCUGCUCGACGGCCUUCUGGCUCUGCCUCAAAGAGUACCAGUCAAACGUCACCGCCAUCGGCUCCUGUAGCUUCGGCAACGUAUCUAGUCACGCUCUCGGCCUGAAUACUUUCACCCUCACCGACCCUGUCACCCUGCAACUGCACUUCACUUUCCGAUGGGUGAGGCAAUUCACGUUGAUUCUGCAAGCAAGGGACGAGGCGAGCGCCGGUGUGAUCGAGGAGGCGAGUUUCAGCGGCAUCGUCCUGCCAGAACCCACGUGGCACACUCUCAAUCAUCAAGGAAGAAACGCGCAUCUGGCGUAUCGGAUGCGAGUACAGUGCGCCGAGCAUUACUACAAUGCGACCUGUACGAAAUUCUGCCGACCUAGAAACGACAUUUUCGGCCACUACACCUGCGACGAGAACGGGGACAAAGUGUGCAUAAAGGGAUGGAAAGGCGUCGACUGCGAGAGACCCGUCUGCAAGGAGGGCUGUCACCCCGUGCACGGUCAUUGCAACGUCAGCGGGGAAUGCACGUGUCGGCACGGUUGGCGCGGCGACUUGUGCGACCAGUGCAUGCCUUAUCCCGGCUGCAAGCACGGCUACUGCAACGGCUCGAGCUGGCAGUGCAUCUGCGACACGAAUUGGGGUGGCAUCCUGUGCGACCAGGACCUCAAUUACUGCGGCACCCACGAGCCCUGCCAGAACGGCGGCACUUGCGAGAACACCGCGCCCGAUCAGUAUCAGUGCACGUGUCCGGACGGUUUUUCCGGGCCUACCUGCGAGAAGGUCGACAAUCCGUGCGCGUCCAAUCCAUGUCUGAACGGCGCGACCUGUCGCCAACUCGGUGAAAACGCGAUCUGCGAGUGCGCGCCGGGUUUCGCGGGACCGUUGUGCGCCACCGACAUCGACGAGUGCGCGUCGCAACCGUGCCAGAACGGAGGCACCUGCGUGGACGGCAAGAACGGCUUCGUGUGCAACUGCCCGACCGCUUGGCAGGGCGUGCUCUGCCAGUUCGACGUGGACGAGUGCGCGCUCAAGGAGUCGCCCUGCAAGAAUUUCAUCACCUGCACCAACUUGGCCGGCGACUACAGAUGCCGAUGUCUGAGUGGCUUCACCGGCAAGAACUGCACGAAGAAUAUCGACGAUUGCAUCGGCCAGUGUCAGCACGGCGCGCUCUGCAUCGACCUGGUGGACGAUUACCACUGUAGCUGCACUCCCGGUUACUCCGGGAAGAAUUGCGAGAACGACAUCGACGAGUGCGCGUCCAAGCCGUGCCAGAACGGCGGCGAGUGUCGCGACCUGGUGAACGCGUACGAGUGCGUGUGUCAGGUCGGUUUUACCGGUUAUCAGUGCGAGAUCGAUCAGAGCGAUCUCUGCAGUCCGAAUCCUUGUCGCAACUCGGCACCGUGCUUCAACACGCAAACCGAUUACUACUGUCACUGUCCGGAGCAGUGGCAAGGCAAGAACUGCACGGAACCGACGCCGCACAAUCCGCAGUACGAUUUGACGAACAACGAUGAGAUCAGCUGCGGCAACCAAGGUACACCGUGCAGCGGAAGAGGUAUCUGCACCAGCGGCAAGUGUACGUGCAAUCCGGGUUACAACGGCACGCACUGCCACGAGAACAUCAACGACUGUCGCGGCAAUCCUUGCCUGAACGGCGGCACUUGUGUCGAUCUAGUUAACUCCUUCCAGUGUAUCUGCAGGGAAGGCUGGAGUGGAAAUCUUUGCGAUCAAGGUGAGUUAGAAGAUACGAGACGAAAAAUAGACGGAGUAAAACUUAGCAAAGUGAAUGAACAUAAUCAUCUUUCUUCAGAUGUGGAUGAGUGUCUGGCGCAACCUUGCCGCAACAACGGCACCUGCGUGGACGGCGUGGCGGACUUCACGUGCAUCUGUCGCGGCGGUUGGAAGGGAAAAACAUGCACGCUACGUGCCGGUCACUGCGAACCGGGCACUUGUCGGAACGGCGGAACCUGUAAGGAUCACGGCGACGGUUUUACGUGUAACUGCCCGCCGGGUUGGGAAGGCGCGGCUUGCCACAUCGCGUCGCCGUCGGCGUGCGUGAGCAACCCCUGCGAAAACAGCGCGACCUGCGUGAACAAGGCCGACGGCAGUUACCGAUGCGUAUGUCGCGAGGGCUUCGAGGGACCGAACUGCGGAAGCAACAUCGACGAUUGCAAGAUGCUGCCGUGUUUGAACGGCGGCAAGUGCGUAGACGGCAUCAACUGGUUCAGAUGUGAGUGCGCACCUGGAUUUACCGGCCCGGACUGUCGCAUCAACGUGAACGAGUGCGCGAGCAAUCCGUGCACCGCUGGAGCUACUUGCGUGGACGGCAUCGCGAGCUAUUCGUGCAUUUGUCCGCCCGGUAGAAUCGGUUCGCGCUGCGAGAUUCGAACGGCCGGCGGGCCCGGCUGCAUCGCCGCCACGUGGGACGACGAUUGCAACGUAUGCGAGUGUCGGAACAGCAAGAAUCGAUGCAGCAACGUCUGGUGCGGUCCGGUCAAUUGUCUAAACGUCACGUCGACUUGUCUGACUCACGAGGUCUGUGUUCCUAGUCCGGCCGAGAGCUGCCUGGCGCCGCCGUGUUCACCAUGGGGUGAAUGUCGUCCAGUGGAAACUGGAAGACGCGUUGGUCCGCCGGCAUUGCCAGCUCCACCGUCUUGUUGGCCCGGACAGUCUAUUCCUGGACCAACGUGUUCGAGACUCAAUAUCUUAUUGCGAAGAGACACCUUAACACCAGGCACAUCGGUGGAAUUAUUGUGUCGUCGUUUGAGAAAGCUUCUGGCCGAUCCACGAAGACCACAGAGAGUGGUGUUGCUGUGCGAUUUGAAACCUGGAGACAACGAUACCGUGGAGGUGACCAUCUUUUCCGAGGCAGCGGCCGAUGCGGCUCGGGACCUCGGCGAGAUGCUGAGUCGUCCGCAGUCAAGACCUCUCGCUUUCGCCUCCGUGCUAGAGGUGAAAGUGGAGACGGCGCUGUUGAGCGAGCUCAGCUCGACGAACGCGAGUAACGUCGGUAGUUACGUGGCUGUGUUAGGCAGCGCUUUGGCUAUUGUGCUGCUAUUGGCUCUUUUUGGCGGUCUGUGGUAUCUCAGAACAUUGAGACACAGAUCGAGUCUAACUGCGACCACCAGUAGCGAAACCUCGCUGCACCGUCAUCGCAGCGAUCUGGAUGAGAAGUCGAACAAUCUUCAGAACGAGGAGAAUCUCAGAAGAUACGCCAAUCCGUUCAAGGAUCAGGAUUCCGAGCCCAGAGUGUCCGUCGUGAGGCCUUUGUCGGGCACCUCACUUGGCACGUUGGCCAGUACCGAAGAAAGCCUCGAGAUGGUAUCCGACGACAGCAAGCAUCGCUUGCCACCGCUCUACAAACCGCCCAGCGCGGAAGCCAGGAACAACACUGCCAGUUUCACGUACGAGGAAGGAUCGCACAAACCGUACAUCAAGUCCAGAUUGCAGGAGCCGCCGUAUCCUCAUCAGCAACCGAGCACCAGCCAAACGUCGACGCCGCAUCAAGUGCUAACGGUACACGUGUGAUUAAGUAUCGUUAUAAAUAAACAGUUUUUGUCGGAGGAACAGUGUGUCGGCGAUUCUUCUUGAGGACGCGUCAAGAGAGAAAUAUUAGAAGAAAAACUGUAGAAAAAAAUAAAAAGAUGUGUUAUAUAGAGACUGAGAAUUUACUUGGACUAUUCGGUUUCUUUGUGAUAACUGGAAGUACGACUUCAGAACAUAUAGCUUUCUCUAAAGUUCUCCUUCGUAAAAAAAAAUUUUAGAACGUAUUAGGGACAAAUGCAGAGAAAAAAGAGAAAGAGAACGCGCGACUCUUAUCGGGCUUAGCAACUUAGUUUUAAAUAUUGUGUAUCGUUACGAGACAAAAAUGUCAAACGCGUGUCUCCUUGUUCGAUCAGUUUGUUCGUAGCGCCAAUAGCGUGUUAAUGAUCGCUCACACACAUUCUCAAAUUUCUGUACAGAAUAUAUUGAUGACUCAUCUCACUCUUGUAAAUGAUCUUAAAAAAAAAUGAUCCUUGGAAAGUAACUGAAAAAUUUUUUUCCUCUCUUUUUCUCCUCAUUCGCCCCUCUCGCGCUACGAUAAGAAGCGAUCAACAAUUAUAAAUACUUUUUAUGACAAUAAUAAAUUGUUAUCGUUGUGUACAUAUGUAUAUAGCUCGUACUUAUUAAUUUCGAUAAGCCUAUAUACUUCAUUUCCAUUCCUUUCGACGUUGCCAUCUCCGUGUGUCUUGUGCGCGAACCUGCAUUCUUGUAUUUCAUCUCUUUUGAUAUUGAUUGCGUCUACCGUCACGUCACAUUAGCACUUUGUUUUUUUGACAUAUGAUUUGAAAAACACAUACACAACUUAUAGAUGGCACCGUCGCAUUUUCGAGACAAUUGUACCGUUUUUGUGUAAUCAUCGAUGUGAAGCUGCGUUCUGCUCGAAAGGCGAAAAAAAAAUGGAUAUAAAAACAAAUACGUAAUUUGUAAAUAAGUUUGGCGAAAAAAAAAUUGUGCACUUUGAAAUCUCAUUCGGAACCAUCGUGAUUAAAACGUGCCCAGACAUUGUUGUACGUGAAAGUGUGUGGUUUGUCUUUGUAUGAUACAUAACGUGGUCUUCUCAAACGUUCCUUCAGACGAUAUUAUUGUGAUACUCAUAGAAGAAACAACGUCGUUGUGUAAAAAAAAAAAUCGCUUUGUGGUACUCUGCGUGUUCGUCUUCAGCUCGAGUUUUAUCUUUGCGAGAACACGGCGCGUGAUCUGUACGCGAUACCGCCUUGUUGUACUGCAAAAUUUAGACAAUGUAUAGAAGCGCGACGAAGACAAAUGUGUACAUAGUACGCGCAUAAUAUUGCAUCGUUAAACGAUGUAAAUAAAUUCAAAUACACACGUCCAAUACAUCGUUUUCGUCCUCCAGUCAUCAUCGACUCCACGUUUGAAUGUGCAAUUUUUAUACAUAUAUAUAUAUAUAUAUAUAUAUAUAUUAGCGUUUUCGCGCCUAUCCCUCCCCUCGUCUCUCCGCAGUAAACUAGUUUAAAAACGAAGAAGCGUAGUUUGUUCUAAGCGUACAUAGAAUUUACAGCAAGAAGGAACACAAAGUUUUAUAUAAUAGAUACUUUAUUUUAUAUGUAUAUAUAUAUAUAUAUACAUAUACAUAUAUAUAUAUAUAUAUAUAUAUGAAAAAAACUAUAUUAUUGUGCGAAUACAUAGCAGCGAGACGAUGAAAAUAUAUAUAAAUAUAUAAAUAUUAUAUUAUAUUAUAUUUUAUAUUAUAUUAU